UCCACAGUGAGGUAGACUUUAUGCCUAACAUUGUAACACUGCAAAUGCGAGAGGCGGCGCGGAGCGUUGAUUUAUCCCGUGGAUGUCGGAGCUCCAGCCCUGCAGGAUCAGCCUGUCAGCGGGCAUCAUGAUCUCUCUGGUUUCCCACAAGUGGAUGAGGAAUAUUUCCCCGGAGAUGCUGCUGUUGCCGAUGUUGUGGUUUUUACCUCUGGCUGGAGCGGCUCCCUCUCCGACCACCGAGCAGCUGGACAUGGGGGUGGAUUGGCUGAGUAAGUUUGGCUACCUCCCGCCCCCUGACCCAGUGACGGGUCAGCUUCAGACCAAGGAGGCCCUGACCAAGGCCAUCAAAGCCAUGCAGAAGUUUGGAGGGCUGAAGGAGACCGGCGUCUUAGACCCUGCCACUCUGGGCCUGAUGAAGACUCCCAGGUGCUCCCUGCCCGACGUGUCCGAGGCAGAGGUGACGACGGUGGGACGCCGGAGACGAGGCCUGGCCCCUCAGAGCAAAUGGAAUAAGAGGCACCUGUCCUGGAGAGUGAGGACCUUCCCUAAGGAGUCAGCCCUGCUGGGGAGGGAUACUGUCCGAGCCCUGAUGUACUAUGCCUUGAAGGUGUGGAGCGACAUCGCCCCGCUGAACUUCCACGAGGUGGCGGGCAGCGAUGCGGACAUUCAGAUCGACUUCACCAAGGCCGACCACAAUGACGGCUACCCCUUUGAUGGGCCGGGGGGCACAGUGGCACACGCCUUCUUCCCCGGGGAGAAGUUCACAGCCGGGGAUACACACUUUGAUGAUGAUGAGGCCUGGACCUUCAGAUCACCCGACUCCCAUGGGAUGGAUCUUUUUGCAGUAGCAGUCCAUGAGUUUGGUCAUGCCAUCGGCCUGGUCCACACCUCAGCCAUGGAGUCCAUCAUGAGACCGUACUACCAGGGUCCUGUGGGAGACCCUCUGAAGUACGACCUGCCCUACGAGGACAAGGUCCGCGUCUGGCAGCUCUACGGGGUCAGAGACUCGGUGUCCCACACCAAUCGACCGGGCAACCCCUCCCAGACGGCUGAGCCUCCUGUCCUGCUGGACCUUCCCGAAAACAGAUCCACUGUCCUGCUGGCGCAAGACGCUCCCGACAGGUGCACCAGUCACUUUGAUGCAGUGGCCCAGAUACGAGGAGAGGCCUUCUUUUUCAAAGGGAAGUAUUUCUGGCGUUUGACCAGAGAAAAGCACCUGGUGUCUCUGCGUCCUGCUCAGAUCCAUCGCUUCUGGAGGGGCCUGCCAGCCAACCUGGACAGUGUGGACGCUGUCUAUGAGAGGCCUGGGGAUCACAAAAUUGUCUUUUUCAAAGGUCUCAGGUACUGGGUAUUUAAAGACAAUAAUGUGGAGGAGGGUUACCCCCGUCCAAUCAGUGACUUUGGCCUACCCUUGGAGGGCGUGGACGCAGCUUUUGUUUGGCUGCACAACGACAAGACGUACUUCUUCAGGGGCAGUCACUACUGGCGCUACGACGACCAUCUGAGACGUAUGGACUUGGGCUACCCUAAAGACAGUACGCUUUGGAAGGGGCUGCCGCCAAACCUGGAUGAUGCCAUGAGGUGGUCUGAUGGCUCGUCCUAUUUCUUCAAGGGGAAGGAGUAUUGGCGUGUGCUGGGCAGCGAUAUGGAGGUGGAGGCUGGAUACCCCCGGCUCAUCGCUAAGGACUGGCUACUCUGCACGGAGAUGCAGUCGGACUCUCCGAACACAGACUCCAAAAGCACUGAGACGCGGGUCAACGGGCAGCAUCACCCAGACCACGCGGAGAACGGAUACGAGGUGUGCUCCUGCACCUCGGACACGGCGUCGCCUCUGGGCGCCCGCCCGUCGCCCUCCCCCGUCUGGCUCCUGCCGCCCCUCUGGACGCUCUCGCUAGCCCUCAGCUCCGAGCCGCUAUGAUGCCAAAAAAACAGAGGAGGUGUUGGGCCGAAACGGGAAGAACAACAGCAAAUUGGCUGAGAGCAGAGGAAUGAGCCAGAGACUCAUUGGUGGGAGAGCCAGUAGCAAAAAAACAACUGGAAGAUUUUGUUCUUAUACUUAUAAAAUAUCACUUGGUAUCUUUUUACUAUCAGUUUGCUGUUAUUUAUUUCUCAUGCCAUUCGGUGGACACUGUCUUGCAUUAUGGGCAGUACAUAGAGUUAAUGUAUGGGCACCCCAAACCCCCUUACAGUGACAAUAUUAGCACCAUGCCUGACUAAUUAAGUUACACAGGACCACAAGCUGCAUUUUUUCAUAGCCAUUCUGAUUGUCAGGUUGCCCCAGUAUCUUAGCAAUUAAAGGGCAGUUGAAUGGGAUUGUUUUGAAAUAUGUUAACAUGAGAUGGAAGAAACAUCAGUGAUGAUUUAUUUUCUUCAUGUGCAAAAAGUUUACAGCGGCGACGUCUGGCUGACAUUCAGUUGACAGAUGUCUGGCAUCCUGGGACGCUUCAUGUAAUGAAUGACGCCCUGCGAUGCAGACAGGUAGACGGGUGAGCGGCGUCCUCAGUUGUAGACAUACAAACAGGUGAGUGACAUCCAGGGACGUAGACAGAGGGGCAGGUAAAUUGGUUGAUGGAGGAGACAGCUGACAGGUAGACAGGUGACUUGCACGGUGGGAAAUAGAGAGGUUGUCAGUGGAAA